GUCCUGCAGACACGCGCAAUGAUAGCCGGAAGCAUCGAUGGCAGGAAAAUAAAAAUCGAUCAAAUCCACCUUCAUUCGCGAGUGGGAACCUCUCGCCUACCGAUCGUUCCGCGGCCGUAGGCGCCGAUUGAUCGGACUCGUGCGCUGCCACCGUGCGGGAGGGGGACGGCGGCGCGGAGGAGGAGGGGGAGCUGCUCCGUUUCAGCGAAGUUGCUCGGCGAGGGGUUUAGCUGACGUGUGGAGAAGUUGAGACUGCCGGAGAACAGAUAAACAAACACACAACAGGCGCGGAUCAGCUGAGCGCCGCGGUCCGAACCGAACCAGCAGCCCGGGGAGAUGACCGGCGGAGCGGCUGCGCCCCGCAACGACCCACAGGAGACCGCGACCCACACGGAUACUGGCUCCGGAUCAACUGUCAACAGUGGCACACAAAGAAUUUCUUCGGAAGCACAACACGAGGACCAGCCAUAGGCUCUGGCAGAAGGAGAGAGGGAGAGAAAACAACCCACUGCUUCCUGUCAGUGUCCCUUUUGUCAAGACAUAGCUAGGCUAGCAUGGGCAGCCAAUGAGAUCACCCCCCACAGUGUCCAGCUGUAACCAAACCAAUCCACAGUGCAGUGCGCAGGCGACGGAGUCAGAAAGUGGGACUAACAUGGCCCACCAGGCGACCCCUAGUUCCCAGAAGGCCCUGAUGAUGGAGCUGAAGUCUCUGCAGGACCAGCCGGUGGAGGGCUUCCGCAUCACUCUGGUGGAGGAGUCCGACCUCUACAACUGGGAGGUGGCCAUCUUCGGGCCCCCCAACACCCUGUACGAGGGAGGCUACUUCAAGGCUCACAUCAAGUUUCCAGUUGACUACCCAUACUCGCCACCAACUUUCCGCUUCCUCACCAAGAUGUGGCACCCCAACAUUUAUGAGAACGGAGAUGUGUGCAUCUCCAUCCUGCACCCUCCUGUUGAUGACCCUCAGAGCGGGGAGUUGCCCUCUGAAAGGUGGAACCCCACCCAGAACGUCAGGACCAUCCUGCUGAGUGUGAUCUCGCUGCUCAACGAGCCCAACACGUUCUCUCCAGCCAACGUCGAUGCCUCUGUCAUGUUUCGCAAAUGGAGAGACAGCAAAGGCAAGGACAAGGAGUAUGCAGAGAUUAUCAGGAAGCAGGUGUUGUCAACAACGGCCGAGGCUGAGCGAGACGGCGUCAAAGUGCCGACCACACUGGCGGAGUACUGUGUCCAGACCAGGGUUCCCUCCCAGGACAGCAGUUCAGACCUCCUCUAUGACGACCUCUAUGACGACGACAUGGAGGAGGAGGAGGACGACGACGACGAGAGCGAUAUGGAAUCUGUGGGCGAGGCUGGGGGGAUCAGCGGCAUGGAGGAUGGCGAGAUGUCCACCAGAUGCUACGACAACCAGGAUGACUCUGGCAACGAAGACUCGUGAUGAUCUGGAUGAUAACUGCUCCCUGCCAACUCCCACGCCACCCUCCUUCUUUUAUGUGUUACGUUACAAUUUUGUAUAUGUGCGUGCGUGUGUGUGUGCGCGCGCGUGCCUGUGUGUGUGUGUGUGUGUUUGCACAUCCAGUGGGUUCAAAAGUCUACUGCCAAAAUCUUUUCAUCAUUUAUUAAACUGAUACCAAGGAUUGGACAAAUAGUAGUUCUCAAAUUUUCUUACAUACACUUUUAGGUACUGUUUUCACUUAAAGUCAAAGUUGGUGUUUCCACCGUUUGCCUUAAUUACAGCUGGCACCACAUCUGUCUGGCAUGAAAUGUUUUGCAGAGUCUGAAAAUUCAACUGCUCGAGCGCUCGUCUGAGAGAAUGCUGAGAGCGUUUUUGACGUUGUUACAUUUCACGCUUUUUUAAAUGUUUCCGAGGAUCCAUCUUCUGCUGCACCUUUUUAAAUUGGAAAUGAUGGCAGGCUUCUGCAGAGUAGAGCACUAUUAGUCUGUGGUCAGAGAGGGAUUAAUCAUGUGCAAGAGUCCAGACCAGGAAAAACAUCCACUCACCUUAAUAUCUUCAUCACCUUGUUCAACUCUAGAUUUGAAUUCCGUGUUACGCUACUUCCUCAGGCGACCAUCUCCUCACAUACUGUUCUGUAAGUUGUUAAGUUACAACCGUGAAGUAGAUUUUUUUCAUGUGUAAACGAGAGAUUCAACCGUGAAAUUUCAAUAUUGUUGAGUGUAAACCCUUGAGGAAGUAGUUGGUAACAGCUUCAGUUUGUUAGUCGUUUAAGUGUAGUUUUGUCCGCUGGAGCAGAACCUUCUUUUAAUUUUUGCUUGGGCUUCUGUCUCGUGAAGAUGCUGGUUUCAUACCAUGGAACCAUGUCUAGGUCCGCCUGGUCCCUGUAUUGAGGGAAAAACCACCUAACACAUGUAAAUCAUUUUUCACGUAUAGGCAUUAGCACUAGUAGUGACGAGAAUAUACCGGUUAUUAAUUAUAAACAUUACCAAAACGAAGAAUUACACGUGUCCGCUCUACAUCAUUGUGUUUUGUAAUUUGAAAACCAUUUGCAAAGUAAACAACUUGACUAGAUUUUGAUAAAUGAUGAAAACAGAGGGUUUUUGUGGUGGUCUCUUGAACCCCACUGUGGCUGGAAACUCUCCGUCUGCCCACGGGUCACACUGUGUGGUUUUGUGUUGAAAGAAUGUCUUCAUCCACCAUGUUCUUAACUUUCCUUUUUUUUUUAUGUAAGGCUCUUGUUUAUUCAGUUAGAAUUUUGUCCUCCCUGACGUGUCCCCUGUUUUCUCUGGGAUGGCUCAGACAGUCGGGCUAAUGGACACAUUGCUGUUUGACUCAUUGACCAGAUGAUGAACUAGCCAGCGUGUCUCGUCACUGUCCGUCAGUGUGUCCCUUGGCAGAACAUCUCUGUCCCUCAAACGCCCGUCUAUACAACUUCGAUGCAAUCAAAUCAAUUUACAAAGGCAGGCUCUGCCGGGAACCCAUACUCCCGUACCCACCGUCAGUUGUGUCCAUCACAUCCGUUCCCUCAUGAUUGCACCAAGCAACGUCAUUUUCUUUUGGGGGGGAACGAGGUGAAGACCCUCUCUCAUGUCGCCUCCUAGACCUCUCUCUGCCUCUUAAACCUCAGGGCCUCAGUAAGACUUUCACUGAGAGAGAAGAAAACAGUUAUAGAGAAAUUCGCGACACAAACUGCUCUUCACCUCCACCUUUUUUUUCUUAUGUUCUGGGGGUUAUGAGAGCAGAGAGUGAACUGAAGGCUCCAAUCCCACCGCCAGCAUGAUUACGCGUGACGUGAAUGGGGUCCUUUAAGUUGUUUUCUUCUUGCUCGGCUACAGUCAAAUUUGGAGAGAAAAAAACGAAUCUAAAUACACCUGUAGGGAUUUUGUCCUCAAGCCAGUGCUCACAUUAUGUUGCAAUGGAUGUGACAAUGUUACAUUUUGCACCGUGAACCCAGCUCUUGCUUCAGCGGUGGAAACUGGACGUGGUUACUGUGCUACACCACUCGAAAAGGCUGUUUUAUCAACAGGGACAAAAAUCCACCUGCAGCUUAGCUUCACACUUGCACUUGAAUGAAUAUGACACUGAUUGCCUGUUAUUUGUGUGCGUGCGUGCGUGCGAGUGUGUGUGUGUGUGUGUGUGUGUAUCUACAUUUACUAUUCAUCCAUCAACUGCGAUGUCAGGGUUGUCUUGUUCCCAUCUCUGUGGAAUCGGUGCAGAGUUUUGUCACACAAGUGAGUUUGUCCGAAUGACCCUUUGGGCUUUUGUCCAGUUGAGACGGCCUUCGUAUGUUGUCGUGCUGUUCUGCUGGGCCUGAAAUGACGGAGGAUUGGACUGAUUAACAAUCAAAACACCCUCUGAGUAUUAAACCUCUGGACACACCGAACUGCAUAAUGUGACGAAUAUUACUUGUACGGCAUUGAGUUGACCACACUUUUGAGCCGUGUGUUACAGUUGUGGGUGUGAAUCUUUUUGCCCCGUUCAACACAAAGGAAAUCUGGGGCAAACCGGUGAUUCACAAGGCUGGAUUUUUAUGCAAAGUGCAAAGUACAGCCCUGCAACUGCUGAUUUGAAAGACUAUGGAGCAAUGGAUGCAUGAAGUGGGUUUAACGCUGUUUGAAAUAAACUCUUUAGGAGAUUCCUUUUGGAUUUUAAUGUGAAGCCAAAGGAGUGAAAACAUAUUCUCCCGGCCCUGUGCUUUGCCGGCGCACAGAGACUUUAUUCGAUGGAGGAAAUCCGUCCCUGAACUGGAUCUCUUGACGUGGAUUUGAUAUCAAGGCGGAUUGAUGGAGUGGAUUAAUGCUAGAGAUUCAGAACUUUUAUUAAUGUGGUUCCCAUUUUUUGCCCAUUCCUGAGCGUAUAGAGAAGUAAAAUUAUGGUGAGACAGAACAAACCAAUCUCAUGCGUGCCUUCCAAAGGAAUAUUUUGACAUUAGGGUUUCUUGCUUUCUGGAGGAGAGCUACAUGAGGAGAUCAAUACCUUUUCAUGUCUGUUUGUUAAAUAUGACGCUAAGACCAGCAGUUGGUUAGCUAGAAGCACAAAGACUGGAAACAGGCGUCUGUGUCCAGCAGUAACAAAAUCCACCUGGCAGCUCUGUUUGUGCUCACUGAUGUUAUCUGUGCAAAAGCUCAAAAUUACCAUUUGUCAUUUAUCAUUAACUUCUUAGUCUCUGCAACUGCGAAUAGCCAAAAGAUAGUCCACCACCAUGAAACAAAUUGGGGUUUUGGUUCAGAUUAAACAACUCUGCUGUUAAUGAUUGAGCUUUAGAUGCGCUGUUGGGCUGAUUUUGGUGCAGGCGGGCUGGCUGGUUCACAGACAUACAUGAGAGUGGCAUCAAUCUUUUCAUCUAACUCUCAAAAUCACGUUAUCCACGCCCGCCCCCAAAAUGUUGAUUUGAAUUGCCUCCUGUUGCAAAAUUAAAAAUCUGAAUCUGCAUUUAUGUUUUUUAUAGUGUCAAAUCUAUAGGCGUAGUGUAACCCUUACGGUAGUAAUUCACUGAUCAGUUUAGAUCUCUUCAGUAUUUGAAUCCUGUUUGCCUUCAUUUUAUAAUGAGUGCAGUUGUGGUAAAGAUCAGGAGGUCCCCCGAGGGAAGAGAGACACCAAUUAAAUUCCCAAACUCAACCUAAGAAAUGACAGUAGACACUAGAAAAAUGAUCACAGUGUAAGAUGUUGAGAUGUUAUACACAUUUUUCCAAACAAAAGACUGAAUGAAAUAAUUUCAUUCAGUCAAUCUGUGUGUGAGCAUGUGUGUGCACAGAUGUGUAUUUUUUGAGGUGGGGGUCAACACUGUGAGGUCCUCCUGAGGCCUUCACAUAGUCACACUUUUAAUGGACUGAGCUGUCCACAUUGCUACCACAGCGUGUACACACCUAUUGAUGUUAAUGUUGUCCUUGUUGCUUUCUUCUUUGACUUUAUUUCAUUAUUUUCCUCAGAAUUUUGUGUUUGUGAGGAUGCAAAUGUCACUCAUAAAGUUUCUAUUGUAAAAAAAAAUGUUGGGUUUGUUUGCGAUAUAUUGCUUUGGUAUCUGUUGCUAAGCCGACAUCACCGUCAUGUGAAAAACGGGCAACACUGCGACAUGGUGUUUGGGGUAAAGUUAGGAGUGAUAUGCAAAUGGAGGCGUAUAGUUGUUGUGGUUAAGUUGAAAAAUCAUUCAAAAUAAAUCGGUAUGUCAUUGAAA